AUGUACAAGCUGGUUGACUACUACUCGGAUUGGCCAAGGCUAAAGAGAGCAGUAGCGUGGCUGCUGUGGCUCAAAGAUGUACUGCUGUGUCUGAAAGAGAAGAGGAAAGCAUUGAGGAAUGAGAUCAGCCAGUCUGAAAGCUCCCCAAACAGAAAAGACGAACUUACCAGAACCCGCGUUGAGAAGUACAAGGUGACUCUGAAAUCAAGUUCUCUCUCUCUAGAGGACAUGGACAAGGCUGAAACAGAGUUUAUACGAUUCAGUCAACAGCAGGAAUACUCUGAUGAAAUCAAGGCCCUGGAGAAAAAUGCUCACGCAAUGGCAGCUGCAGCAGCAUCAACUGUUUUGUCUAGCGCGACCCUGUUUGGCACCUCCAUUGAGCAAAUUUCCCAGAGCAUAAACACACACAGAAAUGUCGCCAUUCAAAUCACCAAUUGCAGUGAUGGAUACAUCUUAGCAAAUCCAAGGACCUACACCUCCAGUGGAUACUGUCACCAACCGCCACAACCUACCAUCGCAAAAAAGCCGCAAGAAGCAUGCUCGUUUUCCAAAACUCCACACACAGCUUGUGGUUCUGUCUGUGUCCUGACGUACCAAAUCCUCAAUAAUGAAACAAAACAUUUCGGUGAAAUGGCGAUCAUGUUCUCUGUGCCCUAUGACUACAACUGGUAUCAAAACUGGUUUGCUCUUGGCAUUUAUGAACCAUACAUUUCAUGUGAUGAUAAUCUAUUCAACCAGAUGUAUUAUGACGGCUGUAUGACGUUUACCAGAGGAAAAGGGACAGGGGGUGACAAAUUUGGAAAAGGAGUUCUGGUGAAGGGAACAAUGUCUGCUUUUGGCCAAUCGAUUAUUAAGGUUGAAAUGUGGGAAGAGAGUCUUGGUGCCUUUUACCAAAACUGA